GGAGUUAGGUCGUUCUAAAUCUAAAUCUCUGGAUCGAUCUAAAUCUCUGGGAGUGCACUCUAAGUCAACUAAAGAAAGACAGGAAUGAACACACACAAAAAAAAUAUGGGACACAGCGAGGAAUCGGGCGCUGAAACUGGUAUCAUAAGUCGUAUUGACCAUGGCACCAGAGAUAUAUAUAUGUAUAAUCACCUGAUAGUCAGUAACCGGUUUCUUUUACUAUAUUCACAAAUAUAUCUAAUAGGAUCCACAUAUUUAGAAUGUUAAACGAAAAUUUUGUCCUAAAAAUUUGAAAGAGAGAAAAGCAAACAGUGCCGUUAUAUGCCUACUGUCGUAAAUUGAUGUUUUAUAUGUUUUUGUACUUGUUCACAAUGCAAGCGGUACCACUGAGACAGAUAGGCCUGCAGCACUUUUAAUAUUCCAUUUCAUUUGCCGAGAGCGAUUCCCACGUAUGGGAUACAGAGCAUACAGUUUUUAUUCAAGCAAGAAAACAGUGAUACUUCUAAAAUGAUCCCAAAUUUCAGAAAAGUGAUGCGCUCUCAAGAGAAAAAUAUACACCGUUGUAGACUUGAAGCCAUACUUCGAGUUCGGCGAUUCUGCAGUUACCGCUUGGCAGCAUUUGUAAUUUUGUCAAUUCUCCUUCAGGCUCUACUUAUCUACAGUGAUUCAGCAGGAAAAAUAGAAAUCGGCCAACAAUUUGCUCAUGUCGGGGAACGCAUUUUUCUUGGUGCUUUAGACACGAAACUUUCAUAUGGUCAGUAUUCUCGCCUUAUGGUGUACAGGUUAGCUUACGAACCUCGUUCUGAAUGGGUAGCUGUUUGCGAUGGAGAGUCUUUCAAAACGCACGAUUCAACGAAAAUUGCUCUUCGACACGUCGAGAUUUUUCAGACCCUAGGAGACACAAAUGUUCAUGUUAUUCAAGCGGUUGUUGACGACAGAUUGCGAAACGUGAAAUUCAUCCGUUUGCUUGCCGUGGGACUUAUGCCAGGACCUGGUGAAGAGUUGUACUGCAUGUAUGAUUGUCCGUCCCCGCCAGUGGAACGCUGCAGUGUGAAAGCUCAAUACGCCAUGCUAGCAGCUGGAAAUCAAUCGGACUAUCCAAAAUACGAAUGGAAGCGAAAAUCGAUGAUGAAUGUAAACGUGUUUGCCUGUCCCCUGCGCAACGAGGACAAUCCCAAAGCUGUUACCAUGGUAACACGGUCUUGUGGAUACAGUCACAACAUGGUGUCACUUAGCCACCUAGACCUUCUGGGUGUACAAGUACCUCAACGCGACGUAGCAGUGUGUGUGCAUGUCGUCAACCAGUCCCUAUUGCCCUCGGCGUACGAAGAUCCUAACGCUCUGAUCAUGUGGGUUGAAUACUUGACACUAAUGGGAAUCGAUAAAAUAUUCAUGUACCAUGCUUACCUUGGUGAGAAAAAUCAAAAAGUGGUGAAACAGUAUAAAAAUGAGCUGUUAAGCGAUAUCGAAUUUACAGACUGGAAUAAUGUGACCAGGAACCUUGACCAUGUGGUUGCUUCAGAGGCCGGCAUAAACCAUUGUCUCUACAAGAACCUGAUGCUUUUUCACAACAUUAUUGUGAUGACUGUUGAAGACUGGCUUAUCCCGGGUGAUGGGAUAGCUAACAUCAAACAGGUUGUCAGAUCAACCGAUUUCCACGAAGAUAUGGAUAACAACAUUGGAUUUAGAAUUCAUUCAACUAAAAUGGAAAGCAGAGAACAUACAUCAAAAUCUUUUGUCGUGCGACCGAGAAAGGUUCUUGCCUUUUCUGCUAACCACUUCAUUCCAUUAUCGGAGAAAGUUAGUUUUCAGUACCUAAAAAGUGGUUAUUUUUCCAUGACAUCUUUUGAAGGGUUCCAAGCUCAUUCAAUGCUAGACCACAUCCGGGCGCCUCUGGCAAAACAAGUGGCAUACAGGUUAAAACGAAGCAGUGGUACCUAAUUAUUGACUGCUUCAUU